GGAUUGUUUGCAUGAAUCGUUGGCGGCUACUUCACGGAUGAUGGACCCCCACGUGUACGAACAAGUUCUCCGCGCCGUGGACGUGUGUCAUGCAGGGUCCAGCGCGCAAAGCGAGCGCGACGCCGCGUACGUGUACUGUGAAACGUUCCAGGAGCGUCUGGACUGCAUUCAGUACGCGUUCUAUUUGUUGCAGGACGCGUCACGGCCUUUCCACCACCGUCAUUUUGCCUUGCAUGUCGUGGAAACUUGGAUCCGCAAGCACUGGAAGGCAUGUUCCGCCACGGAAGACGCGGUGACCUACCGUGCCAACAUCUUGACCAUCAUGGCGUCGCAUCUGAACGCGGACGAGCCGACCUUUCUCAAGGAGAAACUGGUCAAGGUCGUGUCGGACAUUGCCAAGCGAUCGUUUCCCCAGCGCUGGCCCGACAUGCUGGACCACUUGAUGCAAAUCUGGUCCGUGGGUCCUCUUCAGACGGAGCUAGUCAUGCUCGUGUUCCGGUCCAUCGCCGAGGAUUGCGUGAGCUCGACCUUCAACUCGACGAUUCCACCCGCGCGACGCAAGGACCUUCUCCAGGGCCUCAACGCAUCCUUUCCCGUCCUCUUCCCACGUGUGUACCGCGAACUCGAGCUCCAAUACACCCGUCUCCAACAACAGGACGCGCAUGCCGCUGCCGUCAUCUUGGCGGGGUUGCAGAUGAUGAAGGAGUUCCUCGACUGGAUGCCCGUGACGACCCCCGCCGCGCCCGACGCCAACUUUAUCGCCGUUGCGGGGCUUCUGCUGCAUCCCAACAUUGACACGCCGCAGCUGCUGGCCAUGCAAAUCGUGGCCGCCGAGUGCCUGGAGGAGUACUUUUCGCGCUCGUUUGGCAAGGAACACAUGGCGCUCCUGCAUCAAGCCAGCCUCACCUGCUGGUCCCAUCUCGCGGCGUUGUCGUUAACCGGCCCCGUGGACGACGCCGACACGUUGCUGCUGCACACGCACAUCAACCGCAUCGUCGUGAGCUGGGGCGUCCAUCAGCUCGACGACGUUCUAGCCGACCCGCUUCCAUCGACGACGUUGCCCGUGCUACAGUCGUUUCUAAGCCUUCUCCAAACCCUCUUUAACCACCCGAGCGCGCUCCUCACCGAAGCGCAAGUGAUUGUAUGGCUCAACGUACUCAAACAUGCAUCAUGCGCCACACUCUUGCCGUACAUUAACGUCCCCGCGCUGUGGACCACCUGCUUGGACAAGUACUUCAAGCUGCACUCGCCAGACAACGACGACACGUCCGCCUUGGAAUUCGACGACCGUGACGCGUACAAUGCAUUCUACGGCAACUUUCGCGGCCGCCUCUACGGCAUCCUCCGCCUACUCGUCCAGAAACAACCGGCGGCCGCCCUGACCCAUCUGCACGACCGGUUGCAGUACGUGCUGACGGUCCACGCCGCUGGCCGAGACAACUUGGACGACCUCGGCCAUUGCACCGACACCACCACCGCCCAUAUAUACCACGAAGGCAUGGCGUCGUUAGUCGACUGUCUGGUCAAGUCGCUCCCCGAAGUUGUGUACGAGACCCCGGCCCUGCGGCAUCACUUGGGUCUGUCAGUGGAGCUGCUCUUGGCGUACCACACUCGUGAUCCGUGGCUGCUCUUCCGCCACUGCCUGUGCCUGUCGUCCUUGUCCAAGUACUACAUGCGCGAUCCGACUUUGUACCCCCGGGUAUUUGAUCGCCUGUUUGGGUUGAUUGUGUUUUGCGAGCCUGGCGAGUCGAUUGCUCAUGGGUCGCCCAUGCGGCCGACGUCCACCAACGUCCGGCGGCGCGCGCUGGCUUCGUUGAUUUCCAUCUGCCACGCGGGGCCGCUCCACGUGCUGCCAUACCUUCCGAUGCUGUGCACCCAAGUGAUUGGCUUGUUUCCACAAGUCCUCGAUAGCGAAGGCGUGCUCAUGUACGAAAUGCUCGUAGUCGUAUCGAAUUCUUUGCCCACGUUUGAAGAGCGCGAGGCGUUUAUCCAGCAGAUCACGGCCGCGCCGCUCGCGCAGUGGACCGACAUGACGCCGAUCGUUACGUCCCAAGACAAGCUCGUGCAUGCCCUCGAAACGCACAACGCUACGGUUGUGUUUGGUCUGCUCAAAGUACUCACGACGUUGUACGGGAUUGCCAAACGGAUUCAAGUGACCCCCCCUCCUUCUUCUCCCCCCCCUUCGUCUACUUCUUUGUCCGGACACGGGGACAUCCCGUCGCCAUCCCCCCAUCCAUUUGCGUCCGUGUGGCCAGUCCUGCUCCCCAAUCUCAUGGCGCUGAUCCGCACCCUGCACGCGCUUUCGGCGCCUUUGGCCCGGGAAUCCCUUGUCCAGACCACCACGAGUGCGAGGGGCAUCCUUGUCAUGUCUGUGGAAGAAAUCAACCAAGCUAUGCUGGGCAAAGAACAAGUCCAAGUCGUCGACGUAGCCGUGACCAAGUACGCUCGCUGGGCAAAGAACACUCGCGAUAUUUGCUACCACCUUGUCGGGUGUGCAUUCGGCCACGCCAACAUCUUUACGACCACCGACAUGCCAUCAUCAUGGGUGCAGUCGUCGCUUCUCUCGAAUCUCGAGUACAUGGAGCACCGCCACUGGAAAACGUUCCUCUCAAGUGUGUGGCUACCGUUUGUCAAGUCGUGUCCGCCCCAUUUGUAUGAGAUGUUGUUGCAGCCUACGGUGUGGCACUUGUUGAGUCAUUUGACCGAUCGGUUGGCCACGGGGUACGCCGCCGCUUCGUCGGGUGAUGACAUGAAGCACGACGUGGCGUACCUGCCGCAGUUUGCUGGCGUCGACAUCCAAGCCACGACCGUCGACACGGUCUCGAACGCUGUGUUUGUCGAGGUUGUACGGUACACGGUGGACUUUGUGGAGGCGCUGAUCGAUGCCAAGACAGUGGUGGACAUGGACUCGACCCACCCCAAGCACGUCGUCGUCGAAACCGACCGUGUCCUCCGCGAGUUUAUCCUAUCCUCGGACGCCCUCACGCGGCAGAUCGUGGCCGUCCUCGUGGGGGUCGUCGGGUACACGGACACGCUGAGCUGCCGCCGCGCCACGAACCUCCUCGACCGACUCGUGUCGGCCUUGGCUGCCCAAACGCAGCAGUUCCACCAACUGCUCGGCAAGGACGUGUUCACGGCGGCGCUGUGCGCGCUGCUCGCGCACUUCCACGACGUCGACGACGGGUUCAAGUGGGAGCUGAUCAACCUCCUGCGCAACAUCUACUGCCGCGUCACCCUCGGCCUGCUCCCCGUGGACGAAUGCAAGGGUAUCGACCCGCUGCACCAGCCCGUGAAACCCGAUAGCGACUUGUGCUUUGCGCCGCGCCAGAUUGUGGCCAGCCUGCACGGCGUCCAACCCGACGACGUGGCCGCACUCGAACAGUCGUUGCGGACGCACCACAGCACGAAAACGCAAAAGAACUACUUGAAGGAAUUCCUCGAGACGCCGUUUCUCGCGUACGUGGAUGCCCCGCACACGUUGAAAGCCAUUGAAGAUCUUCCACCGGUAGCCUCCUCCAGUCAUCCCCGUGCUACCAGCACAUCCAACGACGCCGACAUCUCGUCAUUGUUUGGAGCCCACGACGAAUGAAUGGGCGAUAUUGACGUGGAUGCAACAGCAAUGCUGGUAGUACCUUGCAACUCGACACAUUCAAUAUGCAACCAUGAUGGAAGUUGUUCAAUCAACCCGUGGAUAAAACGACCCAGUGUGUAGUCGAGAUGCGAACGCG